ACCAGGACGGUGGUUAUUUGGACUUGGUUUAGCUUCUUAUUGUUGGAAUGACGUCUGUGGAAUUCAGAACCCAUUUUAAGUCGAAAAACCGCGGGAAUGCAGAUGUGAAUUAUCAAUGGCAGAUGAAUGGAAGUGGUAACAGACAGUCGCUGACGGACUGGUCACGCUCUGACGGCGCAGAAACCAGAUUCAGUGCAUGGACGCCUGUGACUAAUAAAGCAUGUAAUCAACAGCUUUUUCAGGAAAGAACCACUCUCGUCCUCCAUUGGUUUGACCUGUGGACAGACAGACAAAGGAAAGAGUUUAUUUGCCAACUGCUGACAAGAUGCUCCAAAGCGCAGCUCAAGUUCACCAAUGAUUGUCUGGUACAAUCAGUUCCCAUCAGUCGGAUGGACUUCACUGCUGUGCUGCCUCGACUUCUGUCCCUCUACAUCAUGUCUUUCCUCAGUCCUCGAGACAUCUGCGCUGCGGCACAGGUCUGUUGGCACUGGAAGUUUCUGGCAGAGCAGGACUGUCUUUGGUCUCCAAAGUGUAUCCGUCUUGGGUGGUUUCUUCCCUACAGCCCAUCAGAUUAUGAGUAUGGUGCGUGGAAAAGACAUUAUGUAGCCUGUGCUGCCAGUUUGGAUAUCUUGACUCCACGGGAAGCUGCCGAUGUCUAUGGUACUUUAAAUGAGAGUUUGACAGCACCAGAAGAGCAAGAGGAUAGAUGGAGAGAGCUCAAGAUAAGACAAACCAUCAGGGAAAACUUAGCAGAGCAUAAAAAGGCAGCUUUGAAGACUAGGAGGGCAUGGCUGAACACCAGUAAAUUGGGCACAUCAUUUACGGGAACCGUUCAUAAGCCACUGAGUCUUACUACUGCUCUUGUUCAUCUUGGGGAAAAGUGUCGUUUGGAAAAUUCACUCUCCAGUGUGGAAAUAAGGAAACCACGGCUUGAUUUGACUACGAACAGUACUCUCAAUAGCACAAGUUUAUUGAAAACCACAAGUUCACUGUUCAGCAGACCAGUCAUGUCCUCCCACUGUCCUCUUCCUCACUUUCUACUUGUGUCAUCCAAAGUCCCUGGAUAUGAACUGCUUCUGGCUGCUGUGCAAGUGUCUGUGUUGGUUUUGCCAUAUGACUCACAAGGCAUGACCUUGGAGGUCUUGUUUUCUCUGGCAGAAAGAGUGAUCCAAGGCAGGAUGCUGCUAAGCGUUGGUAUUCUUGUGCCAGGAAGCACAGAUGACAUAAUGCUUACAGAUGAAUUGAGCAUUACUGAGAAGACAGUUCUGAAGCCGUGUGUUAGGGAAUUCUGGGAGAAGCUGUGUGGUUGGGUUGUUCCUGCUUCAGAAGGAGGGAGUCUGAACAUCUUUGCUCCUCUGGCAGCUUCUGUUGCAGGGAUGGGUCUGCUGAGGAAGUUGUCUACUCUGACUGGUCUGAAUGUCAAAGCUCCCACAGGGAUCUGUACAGGCUCCUACAAUCACAUUGUCAGUGAGUGGUGUGGGUCAGGUGAGUUUCCUCCACUGCUGUAUCUGCAUGAGCCUGUGCUCCUGAGCUGGUGCAGACAGGCUGAAUGGAUAGAGGAAGCCUGUAAAGGCCUGCGGAAACAGCUGGAACCACAGCUGCACUUUAUGUGUCAAGAGAUCAGAGGCCGCAUCCUGGGUCAGUUCCUCUGGGAUUACAUAAAGAUGCCUGUCAUUUUCUUUAAAUCAGAGGUCAUGCAGUGUUUGGUUCAUGGACUCGUGGCGCUGAUGAAUGAGGCUCCGGAUGAUCCAAUAGACUUCUUAGGACACUUUCUGCUUAAGUCAUCAGACAACAGCAAUGGCUUAAAGAACAUGGACCCACUGUUUCUAACAGACAAUACCUCCUUUAACAGCCCCAAUCCAGAAUAUCCAAAGGUUUUGUUAAGUGACGCAGAUAGACGAAGUGCUGUGUUCAGAGAGCUUCUGAAUAGUGAGAGAACAUAUGUAAGGCAACUUCAAGCAGUGGCCACAGUGUAUUACAGUCCUCUCAGAGCAGCGCUGGACUCCAACAGAGCCAUCAUCAGCUCAGUCAACCUCAUUACACUCUUCUGCCCUCUGCUGGACAUUUUGGAGACUAACAAGUACAACAUUUACCAUUUUCAGUUUCUCCUUUUUAUUACAUUAUGACAUUUAUUACAUCAUUGGUCUUGCAGUGCUUUUCUGAAGGAGCUGGCUGAGAGAUGGCAGGAGUGGAGCCCACUGCAGUGUGUUGGGGAUGUUUGGGUCAAGUUUUGCACCAGGUUACGGGUCUACACUAACUUUUUCAACAACUACCCCACUAUUCUUAAAACUAUAGAUAAGUGCCGUGAGAUGCUUCCUGUAUUCCGCAACUUUCUGAAGAGACACGACCGAACCAUUGCUACUAGAAUGCUGAGUCUCCAGGAGUUGCUUCUCACACCAUCCGCACGGGUGGAGGAGUAUGUGACUUUACUCCAGGCAUUAACACUACACACACCACUUGAACACUCAGACUACACACAGGUCACAUCCGCCCUCGACACACUGAUGACCUACAGAGACUUCAUUCAUAAGCUGAAAAAGAGUCUGGAUCGAGACUUAAGAAUGGUGGAGGUACAGAACACAAUUCAGAGCUGCCCGAAUUUGCUGGAGGGGAGCAGAUACUUGAUCAGCACUCAGGAUGUGGCAUUACUGAACUGCCUUAAUGGAGACAUUGCUGCCUCUCUCAGGAUGUAUGAGCAUGUGAGUGACGUGGGAUUGUUUCUGUUCAACGAUGCUCUAGUGCUCACCGAGAGGAGUGUUUCAAGCAUGCCAUUUUGUGUGGCAGUGAACACAACUCACACCUUUCUGGCAUCUGUGGCUCUACAUUGCCUAAAUCUCACAGAAAUCACAGAUACAAAGUAUGUUCAAAAUGCGUUUCAGCUGGAGAGCCCGAAGCGUCGGUGGAUCUGUGCUACUGAUAGAGAAGAGGAAAAGAUCAGGCUGCUGUCUGCUUUACGCAGUGCUAUAAAUGCUGCUAUAACACGUAACUAGUGCUAGGCGGUUUCAGAUCACAAUAGAUGUUGUCUUAUAUCAUGAUAAUAAUAUUUAUUAUUAUAUAGUUCCAUUUCUGU